UAUAGCUAAAAUUUACAAACUUAAAAUUUUAAUUACUUACAUCACUAUUUACCAUUAUAUAUCUUCUUCUGUACCCCAUCACCAUCCCCAGUCCCAUCCCCACUCCACCAACAUAUCCCUACAUAUAACAACACAACACUACUAAAUUAACAAAGUAUACUUACUUGGUCUGAAAAAUGGAUGCCUUCUCCUCCUCCUUUGUCUCCACCACCACACCAUUUUCAAACCAUGUCAUUAACCACCCUUCUCUUCUAACUACUACCAAACCAAAUAUUACUCAUCUCAUCACUUCAGUUAGAAUUGAAGACAAGCCCAAUACUACCACCACCACUACCACUACUACAACACAACAACAACCACCAAAAACAACAACAAAAAAGCCUACUAUUACUUCUUCACCUACUCCUUCUCCCUAUUCGGUAACACGAACGAGGCCGCAGCCUCGUUCGUCCCCGACACUUUCGGGGGUACUAUUCAAUGUGUUUGAUGACAUCAUCAAUACAUUCAUAGAUCCCCCGCUCCGCCCUUCAGUCGACCCUAAACUAGUCCUUUCGGCCAAUUUCGCCCCCGUCUCAGACGAGCUUCCGCCCACCAAAUGCCACAUCGAGCAGGGCACCGCCUUACCGCCUUGCCUAGACGGCGCCUACAUUCGCAACGGCCCGAACCCGCAGUUCCUCCCGCGCGGCCCGUACCAUCUCUUCGACGGAGACGGCAUGCUCCAUUGUUUUCACAUUACUCAAUCAGGCAAAUCAGCCACACUCAGUAGCAGAUACGUUAACACAUACAAAUACGAUAUUGAACGCAGAGCAGGACAGCCUUUAAUCCCUAAUGUGUUUUCGGGUUUCAACGGUUUAACCGCUGCCGCCACGAGAGGAGCUCUCUCCGCCGCUAGAAUUGUCACCGGACAAUUCAAUCCGGCUAACGGAAUAGGCUUAGCUAAUACUAGCUUAGCCUUUUUCGCCGAGCGACUCUUCGCGCUCGGCGAAUCUGAUCUCCCUUAUGAGGUGAGAGUCACUAAAUAUGGAGAUGUUCGAACUGUUGGCCGCCAUGAUUUUAAUGGUAAGCUUAAUAUGAACAUGACUGCACAUCCGAAGAUCGAUCCAGAAACAGGGGAGACUUUCGCCUUUCGUUACGGACCAGUUCCUCCUUUUCUAACCUACUUUAGAUUUGAUUCUAGAGGCGAAAAACAACCAGAUGUACCUAUAUUCUCGAUGAACAGUCCUUCGUUUCUUCACGAUUUUGCGAUUACUAAAAAAUACGCUAUAUUUACUGAAAUUCAAUUGGGGAUGAAUCCGAUGGAGAUGAUUGUAGGUGGAGGAUCACCUGUGGGAGCAGAUCCAUCGAAGGUAUCGAGAGUUGGAAUAAUUCCUCGUUACGCUAAAGACGAAUCGGAGAUGAAGUGGUUCGAUGUACCUGGAUUCAACAUUAUGCACGCGGUGAACGCGUGGGACGAAGAAGAUGAAGAUGCGAUUGUAAUGGUUGCGCCCAAUAUACUCUCUGUAGAACACACUCUAGAAAGGCUCGACUUAGUUCACGCUCUGGUUGAGAAAGUAAGGAUUGAUUUGAAAACAGGUGUGGUUUCCAGGCAGCCAUUGUCGGCGAGCAAUCUAGAUUUCGCAGUUAUAAACCCUAACUUCGUCGGAAAGAGGAACAAGUACGUUUACGCGGCUGUAGGUGAUCCGAUGCCUAAGAUCUCCGGAGUGGUGAAGCUUGAUGUGUCUAAGGGUUCCGAUGACGCCGAAGUCGGUCGGAGGAUGUACGGACCGGGAUGCUAUGGUGGAGAACCGUUCUUUGUAGCGAAAAAUGGUGGUGAUGAUGAUGAAGAAGACGAUGGAUAUCUGGUGUCGUAUUUGCAUGAUGAGAAUUCAGGAGAAUCGAGAUUUAUUGUGAUGGAUGCGAAGUCGCCGGAGCUGGAGAUCGUCUCCUCCGUGAAGUUGCCGAGAAGAGUUCCUUAUGGGUUUCAUGGAAUUUUUGUUAAGGAAACUCAGCUUCAAAAGAAUUAUUAAUUAAUUAAUUAAUAAUUAAUAAUGAUUAGUACAUAAUUUAAUAUAUUAUAUAAGUGUUAACGUUAGUAUUACUGUACAAAUAUUAUACAACUAAUAAUAAUAACAUUUAAAAAAAAUAAUAAUUAAUUGCA